UGACUUAAGAGCUAUCCAGUUACAAUUACAAGAUCAGUUUUCAAAAGUUGUCUGCCAUAUUUGUGUUAUUUUGAAAAAACAAAUUACCAAAAAGACAUAUUAGCGCACUGUGGAUAAGAAACCUAAUUUCUGGCUCGGUUUUCAGACUUUUUAAAAUUUUACAUUGAGCAAUGUCACUAAGAAUAUAGAAGACGAUGGAUUUAUUUUUCUAUGUGGUCAUUGUAAUAAUUGUCAUUCUCAAGGUGUUGUUUUGGGCAUUUUAUUUUUACUCACGAUACAAAAGGAAAGAAAUACAAAGGUUGAUGAGUCAAGUUCGUAGCAAUGAAAUAAACCAACAUCGAUAUGAGGAAGAACCAGCUGUACCACAACCUGCAUUCAUGUUUAGUAGCGAGGGCCGUGCCAGGGGGCCAUACCCUGUGUCUUUACCUACAUAUGCUGAGGAAGAUCCCAGGAAAAUAGAUUACCCACCACCACCGUACCUAACUACGAGUGAAGAUAUUCCAAAUGUCAUUUGUAGGCAAGAAUCCAGGGACGCAUUAGAUACCCGACCUCUCAUAGCAUCAAAUGUUGAGGAAAACUAAUUUGUGAUGAUGCAUGUCAGAGCAUCAAAUAUCUUAUUUCAUGCUUAUAAAUAGACUAAACUGCAUAAUACUCAAUAAAUAUGAGCAGUUUGGCCAUUUAGGAUUUGUAACAUAGCCACUUUUCGUACAAUGAAUGUGUGAUUUGUAUCCAACUUAAAUAUGAAACAAUUUGGUGUUGUGUUUAACUGUUUUUUCUCUUUGGUGGUAUAUCUACAAGUGUAUAUUUUUGAACAAUUUUACUUCUAUAAAUUGACUUACAAUGUAAUAAAUGUUGGUUUGCCCACUGUUAAGUGUAAA